UCUGUGCUGAUGUUUUUGCGCCACACGAAUUUAUUCAAGGCGCCACGAACAAGCGUUUGUGAUAUCCACAUUUUUCAAGCUGAGCUAGUCCACUAAACGCCUUGCAAAUAACUGUUUUAUUGAAGAAAUAGCGUUAAAUGAAGGUGAUUUAGAAGGAGGAAGAGAAGGAUGGACACCUUUAGAUUAAGAUGUGUUCUUUUGGCGGCGGCGAUCAUCUUCGUUUGUACAGUAAAGGUGAGCGACGCCGAGAUGACGAUGUCGAACUCAACGACGAUAAGGCCGUCUUCGAACACGGAAAACCGUCUCAUCGGAAACCUUCUCUCUCAAUACAGUCGUUAUGUGCGCCCAGUCUUCAACGAAUCGACCAUCGUCUACGUGUACUAUCACAUGAGAUUGUCGAGACUUCUUCAAAUGGAUGAACGGAAUCAGAUCCUAAUCACAGCAAUGUGGCUUGAACAGAGCUGGAUAGAUGAAUAUCUUACUUGGGAUCCUAAGGAUUAUGACAACAUUACCGCGGUUUAUAUCCCUACCACAAUGAUCUGGAUUCCCGAUACAGUGCUCUAUGAGAGCGCGGACGUCGAUAAGGAGCUGGGGAAUGACGUCAUGCUGACGAACGCCAAGGUCUUCUCCAACGGGACCGUCUUCUGGCAAGCCCCUGCAAUCUUCAAGAGCUCCUGCAGUCUCAGCGUAACCUACUUUCCAUUCGAUCAGCACAGCUGCAAACUCCAGUUCGGUCCUUGGGCUUAUCUCGGCAACGAAGUCAUCAUGAAAAAGAGAGCAGACUCCGGUGACUUCUCCCAACUGAGCCCCAACGGUCAAUGGCGUCUGCUCGGCAUGCCGGUGGAGGAGAACCUCAUCAAGUACGGCUGUUGCCCCAUCCCCUACUCUGACGUCACCUUCUUCAUCAACCUCAAACGAAAAUCGCUCUUCUACGUCUUUAACCUCAUCUUCCCGACCGUCUUCAUGUCUUUCGUGUCGUUGUUGGGUUUCUACCUCCCUCCGGACUCCGGCGAGAAAGUGGGCCUCAACAUCACCAGUUUGCUUUCGAUCGUCUUCUUCCUCCUCCUCGGGGCACAGCUCCUACCCCCGACAUCGGAGUCGAUCUCGUACCUCGGCAAGCUGUUCUCCACCAUCAUCGUCAUUAUGUCGAUCGAGACUGCCAUGUCCGUGAUCAUCCUCCGCCUCUAUCACCUCCACCUCCCCUACCCUCCGCCGGCCUGGGCCCGCUGGCUGAUCCUCGACAAAGCCGCUAAGCUACUUCGUCUGAAGGGCUGGCACCACGAGUACAGCGCCAACGAUGAUGCCGCUCUCGAGGUCAACGAUUACGGCGCCCAUGACUUCAAAGCGAGUGAUCCUUUCGAGUUCGACAACCGUAAGUCGUCCAUGGAAUCGCGGGCGAUCGGGGAGAGUCUACUUCAUAAGCUCGAUAUGAACCCCGACGACGUUCCCGAGUCGAAACCCAAGGAGAAACAAUCAAGCCAGGACUCCGACUACGGCAGUGAGACUAACGAUGACAGCAUGGGGUCAUCGAUCAUGCGCAUUGGCAACUACAUCCGGAGACUGGUGAACAAUUCUCGGAAGAAAGAGGCACUGUCGGCCAUCCAGCAGCAAUGGAUAGAUAUGUGCCUCAUUCUCGAUCGCGUCCUACUCUUCCUCAUGAUGACAGCCUUGGCUCUGGGUUUAUUCAGCAUUCUCUCUAUCAUGUCAAACCCAGCAUCGCAAAAUCAGUUAUAGGCUAACAACCCAAAAUGGCGUCCCUGGCGUAUCCAGAAUGCUCUGGUAGGGGGUGCCCUACAUUUUGAUAAAGAAAAUAUAAUCAUACUGUUAGGUAGUUCUUUUUUUUAACAAUGUUUUAAUCACAAAUCUUGGACCAAAAAAAAGAAAAUUCAGUUUUUAGGCGCAUUCCGAGUUAUAUUUGAAAUUGCCAUCUGGGCACAAAUAGGGGCACAUCAUGUUUAUUAAAUGUAUAUUUAAAGGCCCACUGUCCUACUUGUAGCUACUUGCUCCCUCUAUAUAGAAAACUUCCCCAAU